CGCCACGUCGUGAGGAAGUGUCGACGCUCUGUAGCAGUUGAAAUACGCCCGGCAGAACCACGCAGGUGCUGGAUCCGAGCGGACCAGAGAGGUGACAGAGUGAGGAAAAAACUGCGGAAAGGAUAAAAGUAAAAUUAAGAAUAACUAGCAAACCAAUAAGGUUAUCUGGCUGGUAUCUUGUUUAGGGGGGUGAUUUACUGACGGGGCAAGAAUUAUGUCAUGGAUCAAGGAAGGAGAGCUAUCACUUUGGGAGCGAUUCUGUGCCAACGUCCUAAAGGCAGGCCCAAUGCCCAAACACAUUGCGUUCAUAAUGGAUGGGAACCGUCGCUAUGCCAAAAAGUGCCAGGUGGAGCGGCAAGAGGGCCACUCGCAGGGCUUCAACAAGUUGGCUGAGACUCUGCGCUGGUGUUUGAACCUGGGCAUCCUCGAGGUGACGGUCUACGCAUUCAGCAUUGAGAACUUCAAACGUUCCAAGAAUGAGGUGGACGGGAUAUUGGAUCUGGCCCGAGAGAAGUUUACCUACUUGAUGAAGGAACAGGAGAAGCUGCAGAAGUAUGGGGUAUGCAUCCGGGUCCUGGGAGAUCUGUAUUUAUUGCCCUUGGAUCUCCAAGAAUUGAUUGCACAAGCUGUACGGGCCACUAAGAACUACAAUAAGUGUUUCCUGAAUGUCUGCUUUGCAUACACGUCCCGUCAUGAAAUCACCAGUGCUGUGAGAGAGAUGGCCUGGGGAGUGCAGCAAGGCCUGCUGGAGCCCAGUGAUGUCUCUGAGUGUCUGCUUGAUAAGUGUCUCUACACCCACCACUCUCCUCAUCCUGACAUUUUGAUACGGACUUCUGGAGAAGUACGGCUGAGUGACUUCUUGCUCUGGCAGACCUCUCAUUCCUGUCUAGUGUUCCAACCUAUUCUAUGGCCAGAAUACACAUUUUGGAACCUCUGUGAAGCCAUCCUGCAGUACCAGAUGAACCACAGCGUGCUUCAGCAGAAGGCCAGAGACAUGUAUGCCGAGGAACGGAAGAGGCACCAGCUGGAGAGGGACCAGGCUGCAGUGACAGAACAGCUGCUGCGAGAGGGGCUCCAGGCCAGUGGGGACGCCCAGCUCCGACGGACACGCUUGCACAAACUCUCAGCCAGACGGGAAGAGCGAGUCCAAGGCUUCCUGCAGGCCUUGGAACUCAAGCGGGCUGACUGGCUGGCACGUCUGGGCACUGCAUCAGCCUGAGUGAGGCUGGCCACCUGCCACUUUGCCCUGCCCUCUGCCUCUAGGGCCCCACUCCCCUUUCUUUUCUUGCUGAAAGGCAUGUCCCUCCUAAUGAUGAAUUAUGCUCCCCUUGCUUGGCAGGGGAGUCCCAAAGGUCAGAUCUGCUGGCCAUAGACACCUUUGGGCUGCCUGUAGCCCCUGGGCAGGAUUGAGGUGAGAAUUUCCCAGAAGCACACUAAAUCCAACUCUGGUCACCAGUUUGUGGGGUGGGGGGAGGCACGCAACUCAUUGGCUUCUUGCCCCAUCUGCCUUUGCCACCUCUGCUUGUGCCACUAGAUGCACUUCUUCCAUUAGCACAUCCUUUAGCACUGCAAGGAAGAAGUCUCGGCCUACACGUUCAACCAUCCAUCUUCAUCUUCCACUUGACUUUCCCAAAAGAUCUGGCUAGUCUACCUUGAAUCUGCUGGUAAAUAGCUAAUAGGCAGCCAGCAUUAUUUGGGCAAGGAAGAAAGGGGCGGGAGAGAAAGAAAGAAAAUUUGCCCAUCUGCUGCUCCUCCUCUUGGCUCUCCACCUGGGAUUUGCUAUUGAAUCUCUAUCCCUCCCACCACGCAGUACUGAUUGCUCACUGAAAGGCUCCGCGCCCCCAAUGGUGCUCAGAAGCCAGGCGGGUGAUUACAAUCCAAUUACCUAUUGUCGACUCAGCCCACACAAGCUUUUCUCCGCCUCUUGCAGGGCACGGGGCCAGGCUCCACUCCCCAGUGAGACCAGCCCCCUCCAUGGCUACAGGGUAACAGAAGGUCCUAUAGAUCCUGGUGGUCUAGUGGAACACAGGCCUCUUUCCCUCUGACACAUCAGGACUGCGUAGAAGCAAGCACUUCUCCCAAGUGACUGCCUCCUACCCUCACCAUCUCAAACCACUUCCAGUCUUCAAGGCUUCUCAGCUCUCUGACCCACUCCCUAAGUGGGUCCCGAGACAAUUUAGUCUCAGCAUGGCAAAACUUGUUCCAGGCUCUCACUGCCUGUGAGGGCCAAGGCUCCCCAGCAGGGAGGUGAGGGUAGAGUUAAGGCUGUGUCCUUUCCCUUACCCCCGCCCCUGCCAAGGCAUCCAUGCAGAGCUGCUGAGAGGAUUAGUGCCUUUGAAGCACUGUCUGCCUGAGCAACUCUGCUUCAGGUACCCCACAGCAGCAAGGAACAGGCAGUAAUACCAACCAAAUGCUACUCUUCGGUCUUCUCAUUUUACUUUCUGCAAACUGUCUGCCCAGCAACUCCCUCAGAGAGAGGUGGGACCUUGGCAAGCAGUGUUGAGUAAGUAUACUCUUCAGACACAUACCUUUUCUAUCCCCUAGUAUCCUUCUCCCUUUCCGUGCUUGGAUACCUGGCACUAGAAACCCUUUGGCCAUCAUUUCUGCUCCUAGAAUCAAGCACAAAUGCCAGCCACUGUGAUUGCAAAGCCAAUCAGAGCACCCUUUGGCAAAGCCCCCUACACACCUGGCACUCCCCACUACCAAUCCCUGGCACGGGGUUCCCGGAGAGCAGGUGCUGUACAUUUUCCAGCUUUACAAUGGGGCUGUUGACAGCCUUAAUUAGGGAGGCAUGAAUUAUUCGGCUAUAAUGCAGAGCCCUACAAUUAAGGCAGGAAUGAGGGGCUGCAGGCAGCAAACGGAAUGUGCCCUGUGAACAAGGCUGUUGGGUCUUCUUUCUACAACUCCCUCAUGAUGGGGGUGCAGUGGAGGUGAUUAGUGGGACUGGCGUCUCUGGCCUGAGGUCCUGUGUUCUGGGAAAAGGUGCUCCUGGUGGAGUAGGGAGGAGCUGCCUCAGGUGGCACUUCGAGGAGCAGAAACAAGAGGCAGAAGGUCCAGUGUUGCCCAGGAGCAAGAACUGCCAGAUACUUGCUCUGAACUCGUGGUAGUUUCCAGUUUUGAUUCAUACAAGCAGCUUCCAUCCUUGUCUCGUGAAGUCGGGGAAAACCUAUUUAUUUGUCCUCCCACCUGUAAGCCAAACCCCCUCGAUAUUUAUCCUGUUCUUGUGCUCCCCUCGGUCUCAAAUAGAUUUUUUUUAAAUUCUUAGAUGUAA